ACAUUUACAUCAAUAGAUUGUUUAUAUCCAAAAAGUAUCCUAAUAAUUUUGAUCGUUCGGCCUCUGGGUAUUGGUAGAGUCUGAAAAGUGGGAUCGUUGGAUUCUUUCUAAUCCUACGGUGCGAAAUGAUCAGUGGUUACAUCAGCUUUCCCCUCAAUAAUGUGAAAGGAUUUUCUGAGGAACCCUGGUUAGCGCAACCGUCAUUUCUACCCCAUUUCCUCGACAAACUUCUUCACUUCUCCUUCUUCAGCAUUUCCUUUGACAUUUGCACACAGGUAACUCAUGGACUCUUUUUCCUAUUCAGAUUGUUCUCCCACAUUUGUUAAGAAAAGGGGGAGCGACAACCAGGCUGACGCACCAGAGGGCUCUCGGAAUAGGGCUCAGUGUGAGGUUGUCUCCAUACUUUAUGGCGAGAAUGCCUUUGUUUAUGGUGGUGUUGUGGUGGAGGAGCCCGAAAAUCUUCGUUCCUCUAUCGGGAGUAACUAUGAAUGGGCCUCUCGAGAUGUAAGUGGAUUCCCUAGUAUUUUCGAUAGUAGGGCUGUGUUAUUGAAUUGGGCAAACGAUAAUUGUAUUCUUAGAAAUCUCAGCUAUGGCUCUUGUGUUAAAUUAGUUGCCUGUGGGGAAAACGAGAGAGUCUUCUAUGGUAAAGAGAAUUCUAAAGACGAUUUCUUCUAUGUUUACUCUUAUCUGUUCUACGAUAUGUACCUUAGGUUUCCUCUAAAUGUUUUUCAAAUGGAUGUUCUGAAAACCCUUAACGUCGCCCCCCCACAGUUACAUCCAAAUAUAGCUGGGGGUAUAUACAGGCGUUCGCGGUUAUGUGCCAAGCCUUGGCCAUUAAUCCCACGGUUGCCCUGUUUCUUUAUUUUUUUAGGACCCGGCCGAUCGGAAAGAGGGGUUGGGUUUCUCUAAUUACUGAGCCUGGGGACGCAAUUUUGGAAUUAUACGCCCAAUCCUUUAGAGGUUUCAAAAAGCAGUUUUUUAGAGUGUCUAUCACUGAAUCAGGUCGCUCGUUCUUUUUUAACGAGGAUAGUAGCUCCAAGUUUCCCUUGUAUUGGACCCAGAACCCUAGGAAGCUUACCUCUUGGCCGAAAGAAGAUAUGACUGAUAUCGAGUUGGAGGCUCUGAGUGUUAUAGCUGGGUUGCCUCGCCCCUUUUCCUCCAGAAAGAUUAUCAACUGCCUCGAGCAUGACGAUAUGAAGUCGAGGGUAUUGGCUGUUAUGGGUAAAAAAGCUUCUCUUGACUGGUUUGCCGCUGCUGAUGCCAAGAAGAAUAAAGGGGGAUCCUCGAUCCUGACGACUGUCAAGAAUCCUAUUCAUGUUGAUGACGAGCGGCCACCUCCCGAACGGCCGCUUUCAAGAAAACGAAAGAUUAUCACCGGUGGAGAUUCGAAAGCUUCCGAUAAGAAUAAAGGGGGAACCUCAGCCUUGAGGACUAUCAAGAAUCCUAUCCAUGACGAUGAUGAAUCGCCACCUUCUCCCGAACGGCCGCUUUCAAGGAAACGAAAGGCUGUCACUGGUGGAGAUCCGAAAGCUUCCGAUAAGGGGAAGAGUAUUGGAGGGGUGGUCGACCCGCAUGCCGAUCGCGACAUUCCGAAUGGCAUGUGGGAUGCGGCCUUUAACCUUGGCCAUAAGAUCGAGUUCAACUUUGAUUUGGCUGAGCAGAAAGUCAUGGAAAAGACUUCUGAGCAAAAAAUGGCAGAUAACUGCUUAGAAUUCGCAUGUCGUGCAGCGGCAGCUGCCUGGAACUUAGCAUAUGCCUCCAACCGAGGUAACUUGGUCACCGAGCUUGAGCGUCUAAAAACCGAACACGCUAAGUGUGAGCAACAGCGGAAGGAAUCCGAGAAGAUGAUAGUGAAGGGUCGGGAGAUAACGGAAAAUCUGCAGAAGGCUAGCGUUGAAAUGAAAAAGGUCAACGAACGGCUUGUAGCUGAUCUGGAAUUUUCAAGGAAAGAGAAUGAGCAGUUGAAGAAAAGCUUGACAAUUUUGACUGCCGAGAGGGAGGCCUUGCGCCAGACCAUUACUGAAAACCAGGAGUUGCAGGAUGAGAUGACUGAUGCUAUCAUCCUGGAACAUACCAGGGGCUUUAAGAAGGCGCUAAGGCAAGUGUCCUAUAUUUUGAAUGUCUGUACUGAAGGAGUCAACUUCGACAUUCGGAAGGACGUUUACCAAGGAGAGUGGGUUCCGAUAGACGUCAUUCCUGCCGGGGCAUUUCCAGAUGACGAGCCUGCAGGGACGCCCACCGAGGCAAUGGCAAGAGAGGAAGCUGCUCGAAUAGAGACACCCGAGGGGAAUUCAGGGGUUCCUGCUGUCGAGGAUGCCCCCGUCUUAGACCUUGUAUAGAAUAGAUUUAACUUUUAGACAUUCUGUUAUUUUGUACUUAUUGUUCUUAGGGUUGUUUGCUGCGUGUAUGUCGUCAUUUGGUACUUGUCUUGAAACUUUAUGUUCUUAUACUUGAAUGUUUAUAGGAUCGCUGUACUUGAAUGUUUAUAGGAUCGCUAUACUUCAUUGUUUA